AUGACCACGGGCCUGCUUCCUUUUCUGCAGAUGGGUGUCCUCGGCCUCGGCAUGGCGACGGCAGUCUCCUCUGCCCUGCUUGGAUGCGUCGCAUGGAACCGCCGGAAGAGGAACAUGGAGCAAGGCAAGAAGAGCCCCAUUUUCGUGGCGACUAUCAUUGUGGCCAGCGCGGUUCUGCUGCUAGUGCACCUGAUUAUCGCGCUGCCCAUGAUAGCACGCUGGCUGCCACUGUGCGUGAUGACUAACACGUACCUGUGCGCACCGUACCGCGAUAGCUCGUACGUUGUGCUCGACGAUGCUAUCACCAGACUGUGGCCUCCGAGUAGCAGGCCCGAGCCGUUCUGCCGGCUUGUGCCCAGCAAACUCGCCGUCAACUGUUCCACCAAGGGCAAGGCACCGAUCAAGAGCCUCCCGACGUGUGCGAGCAAGGCCACAAAAAAGAAGACCCUUGAAAUGCCAGGGGAAGACGCCGUCGUGGAAGUGCAAGUUCUGCGGCCGCCACAACCGAAAGCUGCAGCAGCGCCGGCGGCCAAGGUUAAGGUCAACGGCGACUGUUUUUAUCCUUACAAGAUCAUCGACACGGACAUGACAGCAGCGUGCCCACUUUACUCGGAUAACCUGGUUGCCCACUGGAUGGCUAUGGUGGUGUCGGUAAUCUUCGGUGUGGUCGCUGCCAUGGCUGCUGGUGCACUUGCCGUUGUGUAUUUGGCCAUCGGCAAAAAGAAGCCGAAAAAGAAAAUCAAAAAGCUUCGCAGAAGAAAGCGCGCCAAGAGGUUAUCAUCGGAGACCCAGACGCCUCCGCCAACCCCUCCGCCGCCACCCCCACCACCUCCCCCUCCGUCACCAGCUCCGCCCGAGCCUGUGAAAAUUGAGGUACAAGUUCCGGAACCGAUUGCGUUGCCUGUGCCCAUCAAGAGGCGGCGGCGACGUCGCAAGCCAGUCAGGCCCGUCCUCGUGAUGCCGCGGCCGACAUGCUCGCACCCACCACCACAGCCCUUACCCCCUCCGAUGUCAACGCUUUUGCCGGCUCCGAUCUUCCUGCCUCCGCCUAUGAUGCCCACGAUGCCGCCGUUUCCGACGCCACCCGCACUUCCGCCUCCACCACCCAGCGAGCCACCACCGCCCCCGCAGAUGAUGAACAACUGUUCGGCUGAGAACCAGCAGUCGGCCGUCGCGUUCACGAACGUGAACGUGUACGGCGGUGGUGCAGCAGGCGGCUGUGGUUCGUGGCCGUACGCGCAGUCUGCGCUGCCUGCAGUCUACCCGACCAGAGCAGCGAUCUCUGCGCAACCCAGCCGCACGACUUUGACGCCGCAGCCGGUACCAUCUUGCGGGGUGACCCAGACGUCGGCGUCGCGUCUAACGGGGGGCUCAUCGCCGGCGGCACCAUCGACAGCGGCUUCGCGAAGUGUGUUCCAAGGUGUCCGAAGCAUGACGCAGCCCGUGGUCACUGAGCGCUAG